AUGCCAGAAAUGACAGAGAAUGAGACUCCCACAAAAAAGCAGCACAGAAAGAAAAACCGGGAGACACACAAUGCAGUGGAGAGGCAUAGAAAGAAGAAAAUCAACGCUGGGAUAAACAGAAUCGGAGAGUUGAUCCCAUGUUCCCCUGCCCUAAAGCAGAGCAAGAAUAUGAUCCUGGACCAAGCCUUUAAAUAUAUAACAGAAUUGAAAAGGCAAAAUGAUGAGCUCCUGCUCAAUGGAGGAAACAAUGAACAAGCUGAAGAAAUAAAAAAGCUACGAAAACAACUGGAAGAAAUUCAAAAAGAAAAUGGCCGAUAUAUUGAAUUACUGAAAGCAAAUGACAUAUGCUUAUAUGAUGAUCCCACAAUCCACUGGAAAGGAAAUCUGAAAAACUCAAAGGUCUCUGUUGUUAUUCCUAGUGACCAGGUUCAAAAAAAUAUUAUUGUUUAUUCCAAUGGGAGUCAGCCUGGUGGAAACAGCCAGGGAACAGCUGUUCAGGGGAUAACCUUUAAUGUUGGUCAUAAUUUACAAAAGCAAACUGCCAACGUGGUGCCAGUACAGAGGACUUGCAAUCUUGUGACUCCUGUGUCUAUUUCUGGAGUUUACCCUUCUGAAAACAAGCCAUGGCAUCAAACCACAGUUUCUGCAUUGGCUACCAACCAGCCCGUUCCUCUUUGUCUUCCUGCUACCAUUUCUGCUCAAAAUAUUCUUGAGCUUUCCACCUCUGAAAGUGACUCGAGUGUGCUUGGUGCCACUAGUGGCUCACUGAUUGCUGUUCCUGUUGGGCCUGAACCUCACCAACAUCAUUCCUUGCACACAUAUCCAAACGAUCAAAAUCCUUUGGAAAAUAAAAAUGGUCAAGAGAGCCCCAAAUUAUUGAAGAAAACAGUCCCUUGUGCUACAAGCAUCCCCCCCACCUCCUCAGCAACUGCCACUAAAGUGCACCAUGGAAACAAGUCCUGCUUGAGCAUACAGGACCUGAGAGGUGAUUUUCAAAACACCUUUGUUGUUUCAGUUACCACCACAGUCUGCUCCCAGCCUCCCAGAUCUGCCGGUGGAUCCUCUCCAGUGAGCAACAGCAAGAGUGCAGACUUGACAAGUACAGCCACGGUGGUGGCACCAUCUGUCUCUGGAGUAGGGAAGGCCACCACUCCUGUAAGCACUCUGUCUGCAAACUCUGUGGACAAUGGUUGGACUCUUUCUUGUUCUUUGCCUUCUUCAAGUGUUAGUGCUUCAGAUUUGAAAAACAUUAAUAGCCUUACCCGAAUUUCUUCAGCUGGAAACACACAGACAACGUGGACUACUUUGCAACUGGCAGGAAACACUAUUCAGCCUUUAAGCCAGACACCAUCUUCCACCAUGACUCCAGCAUUAAAUGAGUCUGGUACUAGCCCCACCACAAGCAACCACAGUAGACACGUGGCUACAGGCAUCAACUUGAAUACUUCCUUUCUAGCAGAUGGACAGUCAGUUGAGCAAGUAGUUGUAACUUUGCCUUCAUGUCCAUCUUUACCUAUGCAGUCACUAAUUGCCCAGCCACAGGUUAAAUCUCAGCCUCCAAAAAAUAUCCUUCCACUGAAUUCAGCAAUGCAGGUAAUUCAGAUGGCUCAGCCAGUUGGGUCGGCCGUUAAUGCAACUCCAGCUAAUCAGAAUGUUAUCAUUCUUCAGCCUCCCAGCACCACCCCAUGUCCAACAGUGGUGAGGGCAGAGGUUCCCAACCAAACAGUGGGUCAACAGAUAGUAAUCAUACAGGCAGCUAAUCAGAAUCCUUUGCCACUCCUCUCUGCUCCACCUCCUGGUUCUGUUCGACUCCCUAUCAAUGGAGCCAAUACUAUAAUAGGGUCUAAUAAUUCAGUGCAAAAUGUUUCAACCCCACAGACUUUUGGAGGAAAGCAUCUUGUUCACAUAUUACCAAGACCUUCAUCUUUAUCAACAUCUAGCUCAACACAAACUUUUUCUGUUACCAUGUCAAACCAACAACAGCCUCAAACCAUUUCUUUAAAUGGACAGCUCUUUGCUUUGCAGCCUGUGAUGUCUUCAUCAGGAACUACCAAUCAAACCCCUAUGCAAAUUAUUCAACCUACCACCAGCGAAGAUCCAAAUACCAAUGUUGCCCUGAAUACAUUUGGUGCUUUGGCCAGCCUCAAUCAAAGCAUAUCACAGAUGGCUGGGCAAAGCUGUGUACAACUGUCUAUUAGCCAGCCUGCCAAUCCUCAAACUGCUGCAAAUAGUCAAACCACCCCAGCUAACUGUGUUUCAUUAGCAACAACUGUAGCACCUCCUGUGACAACAGAUCAUUCAGCCACACUACCCAGUACUUAUAAUCUAGUGACUCCUCCCUCCAUGAACACUCUUGCUUGUUUGCCACCUAACGUGAAGUCAAAAAGGUUGACUAAGAAGCCAGGUGCCAAGAAACACUUAGCAGCAAACAAGUCAGCAUGUCCCCCGAAUUCAGUCAGAGAUGUGAGCAAGCUGGACUGUCCCAGCAUUGAAGGCCCGGUAGAGCCGCCCUGUAAUGGACUGCUGGAAGGCCUCCCUGCUGAAUUACCAUCUGUCCCUGUGUCCCAGGCAAAUAGUGUAAGUGUUUCGCAUUCCUUGGACAUUCUAAAUUCUGAAUCAGUAAUACCCGAGUCUGUAUCCAAAUCUAAAACAGUAGAAGAGUCCAGCUCACCCUCCCAAGAAUCUGUAACAAGUGAACAUUUUGCAGUGGCCCCAGCAAAACCCAAAGAUUCUACACCCAGUUUGCAACAAGAGACAUCUCAGGAUAAAUCACCAACUAGUUUAGCAUUGUCAAGUGCUGCCAAAUCCUGCACUUCAGCCAAUGUGUUAAUUCCAUCUCCAAAUGAUGCUCACAUUUUGGUUUCUCAGGUUCCUGGAUUGUCAUCUACCACGAGCACUACAGGUACUGACUGUGUUUCUGAGGUGGAAAUCAUUGCUGAACCUUGCAGAGUUGAGCAAGAUUCAUCAGAUACAAUGCAAAACACAGGUCUCUUAAAGGGGCAAGGUUUAACCACAUUGCUAUCUGAUCUUGCUAAAGAAAAAGACCCUCAGAAAUCAUCUCUUUCAGAUCAGAUGGAUCAUCCUGACUUUUCUGCAGAAAAUUCUCAAAUAACUGAAUCAAGUGUUAAUUUACACCCCAAACAGGAAAUACUACUGAUGAGCAAUGAUGACAGAGAUCCACCUCAGCAUCACUCCUGCCUUCCUGAUCAGGAGGUUAUUAAUGGCUCUUUGGUCACCAGUAGGCAGGCUGACUCUCCCAUGUCCACCAGUUCUGGCAGUAGUCGUAGUUUCUCAGUUGCAUCCAUGCUUCCUGAAACAACUAGGGAGGAUGUGACCGGCAAUGCAGCGACUAAUACGUGUGACAGCUGUUCCUUCGUAGAGCAAACUGAUAUAGUAGCUCUUGCAGCAAGAGCUAUUUUUGACCAGGAGAACCUUGAGAAGGGAAAAGUUGGCCUCCAGGCAGAUAUGAGGGAAGUUACUUCAAAGCCUUCUGAAGCAUCAUCUUUAGAGAGAGACCCACCUUUCAAAUCACAGAUACCUAAAGAGAAUGGCACAGGACAGGCAGAAGCAACACCAAGUGAAUUUAAUUCUCAGGAUUCAAUUGAAACAGCUGUGGAAAGGGGAAAGCCCCGUGAAAAACCAUGUUGUUCUCUGGGAAUUAAAACGUCAAAUGCCUCUUUACAGGCUUCUACUUCUCAACCACCGAGCAUCACCAGUUUAAGUGUGAAUAAUCUUAUCCAUCAGAGCAGCAUCAGCCAUCCUCUGGUCAGCUGUGCAGGUCUGUCCCAAACUUCAGAGCAAACCACUGUUCCUGCAACGGUGAAUCUGACUGUUUCAUCUGGCUCCUAUGGUAGUCAGCCUCCUGGGCCAUCUCUGAUGACCGAGUACUCCCAAGAACAGAUAAAUACUAUGACCAGUACCAUACCAAAUUCGCAGAUUCAAGAGCCACUCUUAAAGCCAAGUCAUGAAAGCCGUAAGGAUUCUGCUAAGCGUGCUGUCCAAGAGGACCUUUUACUGUCUUCAGCUAAACGUCAGAAGCAUUGUCAGCCAGCCCCCCUCAGACUUGAAAGUAUGUCCCUCAUGAGCAGAACUCCAGACGGCAUUUCUGAUCAAGCUCAAAUGAUGGUUAGUCAGAUCCCUCCCAACUCCUCAAACUCAGUUGUGCCUGUAAGCAACCCAGCUCACGGAGAUGGCCUUACACGAUUAUUUCCACCUAGUAACAACUUUGUGGCCCCUUCAUUGCGGCAAACUGAAGUUCAGUGUAAUUCUCAGCCUCCUGUUGCAGAGCAGCAGCAAACCCAGGCCAAUCAGCAUCUGCAGGCCUUGCAGCAGCAUGUUCCAGCUCAAGGGGUAUCUCACCUUCACAGUAACCAUCUCUACAUAAAACAGCAGCAGCAGCAAGCAGGGCAGUUAAGAGAGAGGCAUCACUUAUAUCAGCUGCAGCACCACGUACCUCAUCCAGAGAGCUCUGUCCACUCUCAGCCCCAUAAUGUCCACCAACAGAGGACCCUACAACAGGAAGUUCAGAUGCAGAAGAAGAGGAAUCUUGUUCAGGGCACUCAGGCCUCUCAGCUUUCCUUGCAACCGAAGCACCAUGGAACAGACCAAUCUCGACCCAAGAAUGGUCAGCCACAUCCCCACCACCAACAGAUGCAGCAACAAAUGCAGCAACACUUUGGAAGUUCCCAGCCAGAGAAGAACUGUGAAAACCCUUCCACUAGCCGAAACCACCAUAACCAUCCCCAGAACCAUCUCAAUCAAGAUAUUAUGCACCAACAGCAGGAUGUUGGAAGCAGACAGCAAGGUUCAGGAGUUUCUUCUGAACAUGUAUCGGGACACAAUCCAAUGCAGAGGCUUUUGACAUCAAGAGGCUUAGAGCAGCAAAUGGUGUCCCAACCAAGUAUUGUGACUAGAGCUUCUGACAUGACCUGUACUCCACAUAGGCCAGAGAGAAACAGAGUUUCAAGUUAUUCUGCUGAGGCACUUAUUGGAAAGACAUCUUCUAAUUCAGAGCAGAGAAUGGGCAUAUCAAUUCAGGGUUCUAGAGUUUCAGACCAGCUUGAAAUGAGAAGCUAUCUUGAUGUUUCCAGAAAUAAGAGUUUGGCUAUUCAUAAUAUGCAGGGUCGUGUGGACCAUGCUGUAGCCUCAGAUAUUCGCCUUUCUGAUUGUCAGACGUUUAAAGCAAGUGGAGCCAGUCAACAGCCCCCAAGUAAUUUUGAAGUACAAUCAUCAAGAAACAAUGAAAUAGGCAAUCCUGUAUCAUCAUUGAGGAGUAUGCAGUCCCAGGCUUUUCGAAUUAGUCAAAACACUGGUCCACCACCAAUUGACCGUCAAAAGAGAUUACCUUAUACACCAGUUCAGAGCAUCCCAGCAGGGAACGCUAUUCCACCAAGGGACAGUGAAAAUACAUGUCACCAAAGUUUCAUGCAGAGUUUACUUGCCCCUCACCUUGGUGAUCAGGUCAUUGGGAACCAGAGGUCACUCUCAGAGCAUCAGAGGAAUACACAGUGUGGGCCAUCCUCUGCAAUUGAAUAUAAUUGUCCCUCAACUCAUGAAAGCGUCCAUAUUAGAAGAGAGAAUGAGAGUCAGAAUAGGGAAAGUUGUGACAUGUCUUUAGGUGCAAUUAACACCAGGAACAGCACCUUGAAUAUUCCUUUUUCAAGUUCUUCUUCCUCAGGAGAUAUUCAGGGUCGAAACACAAGUCCCAAUGUUUCUGUACAGAAAUCCAAUCCUAUGAGGAUUACUGACAGUCAUGGGACCAAGGGCCACAUGAACCCUCCAGUCACCACCAACAUGCAUGGGGUUGCAAGACCAGCUUUGCCACAUCCAUCUGUGUCUCAUGGAAAUGCUGAUCAAGGACCUCCUGUACGUCAAGCUACUUCUUCAGUACCCCAGAGAUCAAGGCAUCUCCUGCAAGACAGCAGUGGUUCCAAAAUUCGUCAACCUGAAAGGAAUCGUUCUGGAAACCAAAGACAUAGCAAUGUCUUUGAUCCAAGUCUUCCCCAUCUCCCUCUCUCUACUAGUGGCAGUAUGAUUCUUGGACGUCAACAACCUGCUACCGAGAAGAGAGGAAGUAUUGUUCGUUUCAUGCCUGAUAGCCCACAAGUACCUAAUGAUAAUUCAGGUCCUGACCAGCAUACACUGUCACAAAAUUUUGGUUUUUCUUUUAUUCCUGAGGGUGGCAUGAAUCCACCAAUAAAUGCUAAUACUUCUUUCAUUCCACAGGUUACUCAGCCUAGUGCCACUCGAACGCCAGCCCUCAUCCCAGUAGAUCCCCAAAAUACUCUGCCAUCCUUCUAUCCCCCAUAUUCUCCUGCUCAUCCUACACUGUCCAAUGAUAUUUCAAUCCCCUAUUUUUCUAAUCAGAUGUUCUCAAAUCCUAGCACAGAGAAGGUGAACAGUGGAAGUUUGAAUAACCGAUUUGGAUCAAUUUUAUCUCCUCCCAGACCUGUUGGCUUUGCUCAACCAAGUUUUCCUCUUCUCCCUGAUAUGCCACCAAUGCAUAUGACCAACUCUCACCUAUCAAAUUUUAAUAUGACAUCUUUGUUUCCAGAAAUAGCUACAGCUCUUCCUGAUGGCUCAGCGAUGUCACCUUUGCUUACAAUAGCAAACUCCUCUUCCUCUGACUCUUCCAAGCAGUCUUCAAACAGACCUGCCCACAACAUAAGCCAUAUUUUAGGUCAUGAUUGCAGUUCAGCUGUUUAAUUGAUUAAAUGUAAAGGUAAUGAGUGAGAUUACAAAUGUAUUUGUGUGUGUGUGUACACAGACAUGUACAUGAAGAGAGGGAUUAUGUGUGUAUGUCUUUGUGUUUAUAUAAUCACUUUUCAGUUAUCUUCUGAAUGUAGGGAAGCCAUGUCAGAGAUAAUGCAAAUACUGAGUUGUCAAAAAAAGUUAUGUUUUAUUUUUAAUUGUAUGGUGUGCUUUUUUAUUCUCCAAGCAGAUUUAUAUUUCCAAAUUUGAUUUGCAAUCUUACAUUUCCUAAAUACAAAUCAGCUGGAAGUUGGAGGAGAUCAUUUUGGCAUGUGCUGGGUAAUAGAAGGAGCCUAGAUUUUAAACUCAAUUGUUGAUAAUUUAUAGAAUAGAUCAUUGAGAUAGUUGAGUUGCUAUCCAAAAGUACAGACAUCUUAAUAAAAUGCAAUGGCUAAUAACCAAAUGCAGGCUAAUGUCAACAUCUAGAACAGUGUUUUACCCAUGGAAGGUAUUGAGUUGAUGCUGAAUUGAAUGUCCAUAGUUAAAGUCAAACUGUUAGCAAAUAAAUGAAUUGUUUAAUCAAUUUAAUCCCAAGGUUUGGUUUAGAUAGAGGCUUCUUUCUAAAUUAUAACAAUCCAUAAAUGAUCUGAUUUCAUGUCUUGUUCUUCAAAUUAGGGGGCAACAUUAUCCUUUAAUGUGCCAAUAUCUGUAAAGCAAAGGUCUUCCUUGUGACAGUUAGCCUUAAAUAUAGAGAGCUAUAAAAUUGAGUACAUAAAUGUUCUUCAUUUUGUACUUGAAUCUUGCAUCAGGCCAUAAGGGUAAAAGCAGUUAUAUUGUGGAGUUUGCAUGGGUUCAGUUAAUGAUUGGUGUUUCAUCAACUGAAUUUUUAUUUAGUAUUCUCUCUUCAUUCUAUUUAUUCGAUUUUGAAAUAAAUUCUUUUACAUUCAUUUAAAAAUUGAUCAGUAAAUAGUGUGUUUAUAAUCUACACAUUUAUUUGAGCCUUACUUUUAAAAUAUUUCUGAACAGAGUUUGAACUCUGUCAGUAUUUUCAUUUACUGAGGUAUUUAUAUUUUAAAUAUGGCAUUGUUUAUUACAUUAUUAUCCUUCAUAACAGAAUUAUAAUGAGAAGAUGAAUUUGUUCAUUAUUUUUCUUGUUGGUAGAUGUGAAAUGGUGCUUCACAUAUAUAUAUAGAUAUAGAUAUCUAUAUCUAUAUAUCUUUAUAUAUGUGUGUGUGAGUGUGUGUGUACACUAACAGGUUUUAAAUAUGAACUAGUCCUUUAAAAUUAGGCCUGUAGUCUGAAAAUGGACAUUGAGACCUGAGACAUGCUAAUACAUAGAAAAACUUGAUGUAGGUGGGGAUUUUUUAAAGCCCCACUGAAGGCCAGGUGCCACGAUUCAUUCCUGUUAUCCCAGCAUUUUAGGAAGCCAAGACAGGAGGAUC